AUGUUGUUGCGUCUGGCUCUGCUCUACGGGCGUGCGGGGACGAUUUGGUCCCCGUUCAUUAUGCCGGUGUAUCGGGCUGUGCUGGAUGGGUCGUCGAGGGUUGAGAUCCCGCUUGAUGCGCGCGCGAAACCGGGUCUUGUUCAUGUUGAUGAUGCUGCGGCGGCGUCGUUUGUUGGCGCGGUUGAGAAGGUGCAUUUGUUGGCUGGGUCAGACGUUUAUCCUGUCUUUGACCUUGUUACUAGCCAGGAGGGUAUGCGGGAGAUAUUCGAUGCUUUGGCGAUGUGUUGGGGGUUUGGAGGCGAGGUUGUGCUGAAGGGUCAUGGUGGGGAUUUGUUUGCUAAGGUGAUGAGUGCUAGUUUUAGAGGCUCUUCUGAUAGAGCGAGGCAGCUGCUGGGAUGGGAGCCGAAGAGGUUAAAUGGGUUCGUGCAGGAUAUGGAUAUUUUUGCCGCUUCUAGACACCCCGCUUGCUCGCAGCGCUGCCCCUCUUCUGACACCAUUCAGCUAAAGUUCGAGGAAUUUGGGAUGAUUUCACCUACUGGCGCCCCAGAUGUUCUGACAAUAGCAACGUUUGCCUAUCAAAUUUUCGAUACAUAUCAAGGCGCACCAAAACGGUUCAAAGGUCUUUGUGACGACAUCAGUGGGCUCGGUAUGGUUUUAAGGAGGCUUGGGAAUAGGCUAGCCCUACAACAGGCAGACUCCAAGGUCGCCAUGCCGUCCGUCGAAUACGCCGACUUGGAAAAUCUGAUACAGCAGACGGGAAGACUUUUAAAGCAACUGCAGAAGAGACAAGGCUCCGGCCUCACACCCGCGGCCUACACCGCUUCAAAUGGUCACAGGGCGAAGUUGAUUCCAUUAGAUCGCAGAUCAGUACUCUCUGCGCCAUUAUCGCAGCAUUCAACAGCAGCAUACCCUGAUCAAGAGCGAGUUUUGGACAAACUUGACGACAUCUUAAUCAGCAUUCAGGAAGGGCGUAAACCCAGCUCUCUCAUGUCGACCGUUGAUACAGUUAUGAUGACGCCGCCUUCGGACGAGGAUGACAUAUGGCAGGAGCUAGUGCGAGAGAUGCACACGUAUGGAAUCUCCGAGACAGAGGCAAAUGAAAAUCGGCCCAUGAUCCUCAAAUGGGCGGCGAAGGCGGCUGCGGCUGGGAUACUGGAGGAACAGCGACCCAGCAAUCCUUCUCAUAUGGUUACUGGAUUGCAGCGUCAGAGCGAUGAUUUCGAGGUACUUUCGGCUGUGUACGGUCCAUUGAAUGUGGCAGAUACCGUGCGUCACAUCUUUCGCGCUCAUCUUAGAGGCAAGGUUCAAAACAUCAGUUUUACCGCAACAAAUGAGACAUUCGGAGGUGAUCCCUGGCCCAAUAAUGUCAAGGCAUUUUCCAUGGUCUGGAGGAAGGCGAUAUACCUAGACUACGGCACUCUAUAUACGGCGCCGCAGAAGAUAAUUGCUGAGGAAGGCGAGACAAUUAGCAUUGACCUCAAUGCUCCUCUCCCGUACCACGAGAGUUUCGAUGACAACCCGGGCUCACCCCAUAUUCUCAUUGCAAGCUGGCACAACCAGGAUGUCACAGAACAGGUUGCCAGGCUUGUGCGCACAUAUCGACAAGCCAGUAUUGUGGCUUCAGUCCACGAAUUUGGUUGUGACCCGUGUUACGGCCAUGUGAAGAAUCUGUCAGUCACAUGGGCAUACUCGGAUACACCCGCAGCUUUAUCCUACUGUGACAUGAAGACGGUACAUGAAAAUGAAUCCUUGGAGAUACCUCCUUUUCUGGACAUUAUAUGUGCGAACUGGGGUGGUCUAGACAUCACCAGCGUGCUUCAAGCUAAGAUCGGACCGCACCAAACCCUUCAAUUGGAUACCAAUAGUGUCCGGCAUAUCGCAUCACCAGAUCCCUGGCCGGAUAAUCACCACAAGACUAUCUCCGUACUCUAUCAGUAUGGUUCUGACCCUAUGCAACUACUAGUCGUUGGCGAAGGAACGGGGCUGGUUACCAUCAACCCACAAAGUCCAUUCCGCCGAAACCACUUUUUUUCUUCCAAGAACGGGCCCUCCGCAAAGAUUGAAGUGUUGGCCGUAGUCUGGGGCCUCCACCCCGUCUCCGAAGUGUCAUUUAUCCAGACGACAUUGCAGAACAAACAAAUUCCCUGCAAUAAUGCUUUCUUCGCGAGGGACGGAUGGGGCGGAACGAAGAAGACAUGCCAAGUCUUCCUACAAAACAAUCUCACAGGUGACAUAACCUGCAUAGUUGGGCGAGAGGGUACUACGCUUACCCUUCCCACUGUGUGGCCAGGAGAAGAGGGGGCGGAAAAUGAAGAAGGGGUCUGUUUCUGA